GUUAAGCCCUAGCCUCAUUCUCUCUCUUCCUCCCAGUUUUUAUUUUUCAUUUUGUGUUGUUUCUUUCUAACAGUGUGUCGUCUGCAGAGACCCCAAAACCUAGCCCCCAUCUUCUAGAUCUACAGGAAUGGGCGAAACCAAAGAACACGAUGCUUACGAAGAAGAGCUUCUCGACUACGAAGAAGACGAUGAGAAAGCUCUCGACUCUGUCACCGGCAAGGUUAACGGUGAAUCCGCCAAGAAGGGAUAUGUUGGAAUUCACAGCUCCGGUUUUAGAGAUUUCCUAUUGAAGCCAGAACUACUCCGUGCCAUUGUUGACUCUGGAUUUGAACAUCCUUCUGAAGUACAACAUGAGUGUAUCCCUCAAGCAAUUUUGGGUAUGGACGUAAUAUGCCAAGCAAAAUCCGGGAUGGGGAAAACUGCUGUGUUUGUGCUGUCAACAUUGCAGCAAAUUGAGCCUGUUCCAGGCCAGAUUGCUGCCCUUGUUCUUUGCCACACAAGGGAACUAGCUUAUCAGAUCUGUCAUGAAUUUGAGAGAUUUAGCACUUACUUGCCCGAUAUUAAGGUUGCUGUGUUCUAUGGUGGUGUCCAUAUUAAGAGUCACAAGGAUCUGUUGAAAAAUGAAUGUCCUCAUAUUGUUGUGGGAACACCUGGAAGAAUUCUUGCACUUGCAAGGGAGAAAGAUCUUAACCUGUUGAAUGUGAGGCAUUUCAUUCUUGAUGAAUGUGACAAGAUGCUGGAAUCAUUAGAUAUGAGGCGGGAUGUGCAAGAGAUCUUCAAAUUAACUCCCCAUGACAAGCAAGUUAUGAUGUUUUCAGCAACACUUAGCAAGGAGAUCCGCCCUGUUUGCAAGAAAUUUAUGCAAGAUCCUAUGGAAAUUUAUGUCGACGACGAGGCAAAGUUGACACUUCACGGUCUUGUGCAGCACUACAUCAAAUUGAGUGAGAUGGAAAAGAAUCGCAAGUUGAACGAUCUCUUGGAUGCAUUGGAUUUCAAUCAAAUAGUCAUAUUUGUAAAAAGUGUCAGCCGAGCAGCAGAGCUGAACAAGUUGCUCGUGGAUUGUAAUUUCCCUUCAAUCUGCAUUCACUCUGGCAUGUCCCAAGAGGAAAGGUUGACACGCUACAAGGGAUUCAAGGAGGGAAACAAGAGGAUACUCGUAGCAACAGAUCUAGUAGGGAGAGGAAUAGACAUUGAACGAGUCAACAUCGUGAUCAAUUACGAUAUGCCAGAUUCUGCAGACACCUAUCUCCACAGGGUUGGCAGAGCUGGUAGAUUCGGGACAAAAGGUCUGGCCAUCACAUUUGUUUCAUCUGCGUCUGACUCUGAGGUCCUCAAUCAGGUUCAAGAGAGGUUUGAAGUAGACAUAAAGGAGUUACCUGAGCAGAUAGAUACAUCCACAUACAUGCCAUCAUAGAAGAAGAAGAAGAGAGUUUGGUUGUGGAGAUGUAUUAGGAGGAGGAGGACGACACGGGAAGGAGACAAAAAGGUUCAGAGAAAUUUUAAUGUGUUUUGUUUUGGGAGGAGAGGAUUAGGAGGAGUAUUGUAGUAGUAGCAGUAGACUAGUAGUGGUAGUAGCUUUGGAUUGCAGUUUCUACUACACAAAUUGUUUUACUAUUAUUAUUUACUGCUGCUUUUACUGUUGUAGUAGUAGUAGUAGUAGAUUUGGAUUGCAGUGUCUUGUCUUUGUCUACACAGACACAGAUUGUUUUACUAUUAUUACUUACUGCUGCUUACUUUGUACGGCUUAUUUAUCAUCUACUACUUGAGUUUCCUU